GAGUUUCUUUCUUUCUCUCUCUCUCUCUCUUCUCCAUCUUGUUUGUGACCACCUCUGUCACAAAUGGCGAUGACAGCAUCAUCCAAAACAGUAAUAAACGACCUCCCAGAACCCAUCCUCACCAACAUAAUCGCAGCCGUCUCCGACACCCGCAGCCGCAACGCCAUCGCUCUAACCUGCCGAAAAUGGUGUCUUUUAGAGAGAUCUUCCCGCACAACUCUAUCUCUAAGAGGAAACCUUCUCCGCGAUCUAUUCAUGCUCCCAACCUGUUUCCGAUCCGUAACCCACCUCGACCUCUCCCUCGUAUCUCCAUGGGGUCAUCCCUUCUUAUCUCUCUCAUCUUCCUCCGAUCCUUCCCUCCUCGCCCAUUUCCUCCGUCAAGCUUUCCCAUCUGUCAUCUCCCUCACACUCUACGCUCGUAAUCCACCCAUUCUUCAGAUGUUAGCACCUCAAUGGCCUAACUUGAAAGAAGUCAAGCUCCUUAGAUGGCACCAACGCCCUCAACUCCCCCACGGUGCUGACUUACUUCCGUUGUUUGAGAAUUGUUAUAACAUCACCUCACUUGAUUUAUCUUCCUUUUAUUGCUGGACUGAUGAUAUUGCUCCUGCACUUGAAUUACAUCCCGAUAGAGCUGCAAUCCUUACUAAGCUUGAUCUGUUAAACCCUUCAUUUGCUGAAGGAUUUAAAUCAAACGAGAUCAAGGCUAUUACUUCCGCUUGUCCUAAUUUGAAUCAGAUCCUUAUAGCUUGUAUGUUUGAUCCUAGAUACAUUGGUUUCGUAGCAGAUGAUGCUUUAUUAGCCAUCUCGACUAACUGUCCCAAGCUUAAACUUCUUCACCUCGCUGACACCUCAGCUCCGUUUAGCACCAGAGGCGAUCCGGAUGACGAGGGUUUCAGUAAUGAGGACGCAGGUAUAAAUGCCCCAUCUUUGAUUGAGUUUUUCUCAGGUCUUCCAUUGCUGGAGGAGCUAGUCCUGGAUGUUCGUAAAAACGUCUCCGGAAGUGGGCCUGCACUGGAAAUGCUGAAUUUGAAGUGCCCUAAGCUGAAAUCAUUGAAGUUGGGUCAGUUUCAUGGAAUUUGCGCUGCGGUUGAAUCUAAGCUUGACGGGGUUGCGCUUUGUCAUGGGCUGGAAUCAUUGUCGAUCACGAGUUCGGCUGAUUUGACAGAUAUGGGACUCAUAGCGAUCGGAAGGGGUUGUUCUAAGUUGGUCAGGUUUGAGGUUGAAGGGUGUAAGAAGAUAACUGUUAGAGGAAUGAGAACGCUGGCAAGUCUGCUCCAUCGGACACUGGUCGAGGUUAAGAUUUCUUGCUGCAAGAACCUUGGAGCUGCAUCGUCUUUGAAGGCUCUGGAGCCGAUUCAGAGCCGUAUAGAGCGUAUCCAUAUCGAUUGUGUCUGGGAUAGCGUGGAACAGUUUGAGGAUCUUGAUGGGAUCGAAUUCAAUUUCGAUCUCAACAAGGCACAAGAUAUUGGAGGAGGAGGAGGAGGGGGGAAUUCGAGUUUUGGAGAAUUCUCCUCGGAUUAUGAUGACAUAGCCAGAACAAAAAAGAAGUGCAAAUAUUCUUAUGAUCUAAACAUGAUUGACAAUGUCCAUAUCAAUGGUGAUGGCAAUGGCAAUGGUAAUGGUUUUAGGAUGAAGACUUGGAACAAGCUUAAGUAUCUUUCCCUUUGGAUAGGGGUAGGAGAGCUAUUAUCUCCUCUAUCAAUUGUGGGUUUAGAUGAAUGCCCUAGACUAGAAGAGAUGAAGAUCAAGAUCGAAGGAGAUUGCAGAGAAUGGUCGAGGUUAUCAGAGCGUGCGUUCGGAUUGAGUUCUCUAGUACGUUAUCCAGAGCUAAAGAAGAUGCAUUUAGAUUGUGGGGACGUAAUCGGGUAUGCUCAUACAGCUCCAUCAGGACAGAUGGAUCUUAGUUUAUGGGAGAGAUUUUACCUGUUUGGGAUUAAAAACUUGAGCUUAGAAGAACUUGACUAUUGGCCACCACAGGACAGGGAUGUUAACCAGAGGAGUCUGUCACUUCCUGCAGCUGGGUUGCUUGCAGAAUGCUCUACACUCAGGAAGCUUUUCAUCCAUGGAACUGCACAUGAACACUUCUUGAUGUUCUUAUUAAGUAUUCCAAAUUUGAGGGAUGUGCAGCUCAGGGAAGAUUAUUAUCCAGCACCAGCCGACGAAAUGAGCACAGAAAUGAGAGUAGAUUCCUGGAGGCGUUUUGAGGAUGCUCUGAAUCGUCGCCACAUUUCUGACUGAACUGAAUUACAGGCACAAUAUUAGCUAUACCAUUCUCAGUAGGAAAUUUUACAAGAUUUUGGACAGAAUAAGAGAGCAGUUUAGGAUAUGUGACAAAUACUGUCUUGUUUGAUUUGAUCCUGGUAUAAAAUCUUUAGCAUUUUUGCUUUCCUCUCUAA